AGCAUCACAAAGGUAGGAGGAACCAGUCUGUAGUUCAGAGAGAGACAUGGUGUGAGAGACUUACACAGCAGGGAGCACUGUGAGUUUCAGCAUCUCUCAAAUUAGGUGCAUCUUUCCCUGAAGAGGGGGAGAGAAAUGCUGGAUUCCAGAUCCGUUCUCCACUGUGUUGAAGACCAAGUCAUCUGGUCUUUGUUGAAGGCCCUCUAAUAUCUGGCACCACAUCCUACUCUUUUGGAACUCAAUCCUGCAAUUGAAAGAAUUCAGAUGACCGUUGUUCCAACUCUAGAACGGCUUCCUGCUUCAUCUUAGUGUUCUUCUCUCCUUCCUUGGCAUUCUUUUCAAGGCACUGAACCUCAUCUUUUGAAAAGGCUUUCAACAUGAUCAUGAAUUUAAUCCUUCUGUGGGCUGUCUUGAACCUGCCUGUUGCUUUGACCUUUGAUCCAAACUACAAAGACGACAUCACUCCCCCCUACCUGAUCUACUUGAAGUCUGAUUACUUGCCUUGUGUUGGAGUCCUGAUCCACCCUCUUUGGGUGAUCACAGCUGCAAACUGUAACUUACCGAGGCUUCAGUUAAUACUGGGAGUUACAAAACCAUCCAAUAUAGAUGAAGAAAAAUAUGUACAAGUGGUUGGUUAUGAGAAGAUGAUUCAUCACCCACAAUUUUCCAUCACUUCUAUUGAGCACAACCUCAUGUUAAUCAAGCUGCAAACCCAUAUUGAACUCAACAACUACGUGAAAAUAGUCAGCCUGCCCAAAGAGCCUGCAGCUGAAGACAACAUGUGUAUCGUCUCCACCUGGGCCUACAACCUGUGUGACCACUACAAGGACCCUGACUCACUGCAGAAUGUGAAUAUAUCUGUAAUCUCCAAAGUUGAGUGCCGCAAAGCCUAUAAAUACAUGUACAUCAGAGACAGUAUGAUGUGCGUGGGCAUCGUGCCAGGACGGAGGCAGCCCUGCAAGGAAGUCACAGCUGCCCCAGCGGUGUGCAAUGGGGUACUUCAAGGAAUCCUGACGUUUGUGGAUGGGUGUGUUUUGAGAGCCGAUGUGGGCAUCUAUACCAGGAUCAUUAACUACAUACCCUGGAUUGAAAAUACCAUCCAGAACAACUGAGUUCUCAUGGCAGGAAUUCUAGACCCUGUGACAACACCCGUUCCUAAGUCCAGCCUCAGAAUUAACCAGGUGUCCUGAAUUGCAUCCCACACGUCUGUCUCACUCCUGCCCCACAGGGUGGGUGGCUGGUACCUCCCUGUAUGUGACUAUGCAUGGCAGCACUUCCUCCUCCCCUACUGACGAUGAUAGCAAACUCCACACCUCUUGGAAUUUAUGAAGUGGCGACUGUGUUCUCGCUAAUGAACUGAUCAUUGCCUUACUGGGAACAAAAAUUUAAAAAAGGUUACUUGAUUGCCAUUUUGGGUAACAAAACGCCUACUACUUGCACUGAUUCAAUCACAUGUGCUUUGGGCAAGUUAUACAUGCCAGCCGGAAGUCUGAGAAGGAUCAAACUAAAUAGAAUUCCCAGGAAGGAUAGAGGGUUUAAGGGGGGACAUGUGUUACCCACACAAUUCUCAGCACCAGACAUGGAUUCUGGACAUUCAUUUUGCAGCAUUCUCAGUAGGGACUUAGCUCUGAGAGGUUAAUACCAAAGGUAACUGGGGUUUAGGUCACAGCAGAUGAACAGAGAAUAUAGGAUGGAUUUUCCCAAUGUACUCUUUCUAUGAUGCCAGCUGCCCCAGGAGCUUCAUUCUCCCCCAGUUAAACACUCUUGCCUUUUUCUUCCUUCCUUCUUCUCUUUUCAUCUCACUUUUGCAGCUCCAGUUACCAUCUGAGAGCUUUACUUGAUAGAUUUCCAUGGGGAGUGGCCUUUGACCUGUAUUAUAUUAAGGGUGAGAUGGGUCAGUGACAUUUUUGCAAAUUAGGUCUUUGCAAGAAGUCUCUGCACAUGCUCCAUU